AUGAGUUCGGUGGAUGCGAGUGGUGGAACUGGUGGUGGUGGCGCACCUGGACCAGGAGGGAGCAGUGUAGGGGGUGGAGGAGGUGUUGGAAGUGGUGGGGGACCUGGAGGUGGAAAUACAACUGGAACCUUAAGCUCCAAUUUGGCUGGUAUGGGCUCAACGCAGGCAACAACAGGAGAAGCACAAAAAAACAUAAAAACCCAUUUCAUACAACCUAACCUCAUUCAUCAAAAUGAACAACAUCAGGCACCAGUGCAUUCAACAGUGUCCGCUAUCCAAUCACCAAUGACAUCAACUAUUACGACUACAACAACUUCAAUUGCUAGACACCAACAACAAACGCACAAUAUUUCUAUACUACCCAAUCCCUAUAUAACAACAUCAAGUUCAAAUAAUUUUCAAAAUCCGCCCAUCCAUUCGCCAGUACGCACUGCACACUUACCUACCAGUGAUAUUCAUUCCCAUUCACACAAUCAAACCCAUGCUUACAGUCAAAGCCAUACUCAUCAAAAUCCCAGGCAGUUUAUUAAAACAGCAAAAAUCCAUCCUUUUUCUUUUAAUCCAGUUUCAGCAAAAAUUUCACAUAGCAAUAUGGUGAACACGGGCUCUCCUGGUGGUAGCAACUUACAAAUUGGUAGUAACGUUGUAAGUGGCGUUAGCACUAUAAUGACCAGCAGUGUAUCAACAACUGGAGCUAUUAAAAUGACCACAGCUGGUGGUGCUAUUGCGACAUCAAUUGGUGGCACGCCAAUUGCCCUUAAUGUAGCACAAUCGUCUUCAGCUAUUCGUACCAUCGGCGCUGGCGGACAAUCGACACAGGUGCGUGUUGUCAUGCCCACCAAUAUAAUACCCAUAAAACAAUUCGAAGGUGCCACAGGUGUUGGUCGUACGCAGAUAACAGCUAUACCGGCGGGCGUUACGGGUGUUACUUCUCGCACAGUAUCAAAUACAUCUAUAACUGUAACGAGGCCAGUCACACAAACAACAUAUCUGCCGCGUGCCGGUGUAACAGCCACACAAAUGACAGCAGUGGGUUCGGCACAAAGGCUGGUUACACCAAUACGUACUGGACCGGGUUCCGUUUCAAUGGGUGCUGGUACAACAGUCACGGGGCUCACAGCAGCGGGUAGCUUUGUGCGUGGCACGGCCGCAACCGUCAAUCGUAAUACAUCAUCGCCAGCUACUUCAGGCAUUUCACCGGCAACCAACACGACUUGGAUGCAAACUAAUACCGGUGGACAAGUGCAACUUAUUAGAACCAUACCACAGCCGACACAAAAACGUAUAAUCACUGCACAGAGCAUGAACACAACUAGUGGUGCAUACAAUAACACUGGUAUUAGCGGUGGACUCGGCACAUCGGUUGGCGGUACAGUUCUUGCAACCACGCCACCAACAGUUGUACAAACGGCUGGAGGUGGCCAAACACAAACGCAGCAAGGUCAAGGAGGACAAUCUACAAUACAAUCAGUGUCAUCAUCGGGAGUGGCACAUAGUCAGCCACAGUCACAGCAACAGCAAACUUACGUGGCCACAUUAGCUACUGUUUUACCACAACGUCAACAUCAAGCCACAUUAGUUUAUUCAUCGAAUGUAGCAGCUACGUCACAACCGCUUACCCAGCAAACGCAACAGUUUAAUCCGACUCUAGUAGCUGGCCAGCGACUUGCUGUUGCUGCACAGCUCUCUGGCGCUGGUACUUCGGUGGCAGGAACAACAUCACGUCAAAUACGCCCAAUACCGAUACCAAAAUCUUUCUCCGCCGCCAAGUUGAACACGACCAGCAUAAGUAUACGUGCACCAAAUAUAACCUCGACAAUUCAACCGGUCAGUAGUGGUGGUGUCGUUGGCAGCGCUAUUAAUUCUGUGGUGGGGUCGGGUAAUACAGCUGCUAACAAUUCCCCACGCAAUACGACUAUGAGUGGCGUAACUACAGGUGUUGGCAACAACGUCAUACCGACAUCGAAUUUACCCACCACACGUAUCAUACAGCUGCAACAACAGCCCGGCAGUACUACACAGCCUAUUAUUGGCUCAACGGGUCGCAUUUCGGGUAAUGUGAUGUUCCAGCCCAUCAUUGUCAAUACAUCGGGCACUGGGAAGCUCGUAUCUGGUCUACGACAACCGGUUUCGAUGACCGCUAAACCCUCACUGACUAUAACACCAUUCGGUUUGGGUAAGUUACCCACUGCCGGCGGAGGCAAUACUACGCAAAUAGGCGUCAAUUUACCGUCACAGCAGAACGUAACAACGAGCAUACAAUCAACGUUAGGCGGUAAUAAUAGCGGCGGCGGUAGUGGCGGCAACGGUUCACCGGCUAUAUCGUCAAGUACGCCCACAUCAAGUGGCGGUGGUGUUACAAAUCUGACUACAGCACAACUCGUGAAUGUUUCGCAGGCCGCAGCAGCAGCUAGCCAACUGUUAACCACACAGAAUAUUGUUUCAUCAGGCGGCGGUGGUGGCACCACAGUUCUACCAUUGGCCAUAACGACACGCGGUAGCAAUAUACUAACCGGCACCAUAACGCCACUCAAGAAUGCUGGUGCCAUAACAGUGGGAAAAGUGAUGAGCGCUUCCAACGCAAGCAAUUUGGAUAACAACAGCGGCCAAUCAAGUGGCGGUAGUAUAAUAACGAGUAGCGCCGGACCACCAAGCGUUUACAUACAUCAAGCGAACACAGCUCAGCGCACGCAUGGAGCAAGCGUCAGUGUAAGUGCCACAAAUUUACAUGCGGCAUCGUCCGCGUCAAGCAACAGUACUACGGUGCUCACCGCAACCGGUGGUGGUGGUAGCGGCGGUGGUGUACCCACCUCAGCUGGUGCCUUUUUGCCACCAGGCGGCACGAUUUACUAUGAAUCUGUACCGGCUAGUUCAGUACAAGUGUCGACUGGUGUGCUAUCGCUCACCACCACCACGGCAACAAGCAGCACUUUGCCCAUAACGCAAAAUCAAUUGGUGAAUGCGGUGUCCGCCUCCAAUUUGGCAAUUUCAUCAUUGCCCUUCGCUGCGACAGCAGCUUCGCAUGCUGGUAACUCAACGGCCACAUUUACUGUAGUGCCAUCCAGUGGUGGGCGUUCCAUCGGCCAACUGCAAAUACCGGUUUCCAGCGCGGCAGGCACACAAAUUCAGAGUGUGCCGUUGCGUUUCAGCGCACAAUUGCCUACAGCCACUCAGGGCGUGGUGGCCAAUGCCAGUUCCUCCAACACAAUAUCAGCUGAUGCGAUCUCCGUUUCGCAAGCAACGCAACAAUUGUUGCAGCACGGUACUGUUACCGGUGGCCAACAGCUUAUAAUACCAGCUUCAGCAGCCUCAUCCGGUCACCACGUUGGCAAUAGCUCUACAACAGCUACACUAACUGGCGCGCAGGGUCAGCAUGUGGUCAUACCGCUGCAAACGUCGAUUAAAGUGACUGGUGGCGGUCCCGGCUCAACGGUGGUUUCCAAUUUUCUACGGAAGCGCGAUGCAGAUGGCUCGCCUAUACGCGCUGCAAAAAAUCUGCAACCCACAUUACUCGCAAUGGGCAAUAAUAGUAGCAAUGCUGGCACUGCCACCAUUUUAUCAAAUGUAACGGGCUCGCCAGCCGCCUCUUCGGUGGGCAGUGCUUUCAGCAUCACGUCUGUGGCAUCUUCAUCCGCAACCUCCAUGUCCUCGGCACAAACGACCACAUCGUCCACACUCACAACCGAAGCAUUGGCGAAGAAGGAUCGCGCGCAAGCAUCGCUCUCCGGUAACGCUCUUAGCGGUCAGCGUGUGGCACGUGGCGCGUCGCCGGCUUCAUCGGAUGGCUCGACAACUGUGUCGGCGAAUUCAUCACCGGGCGUAGAACAACAAAUGCAAGAUGGUAAUAUAAUGAUGAUUAAUCAUAUGCCACAAGCGCCCAACGAUUCCACACAUUUCAACCCUAUCAAUGAGAUGUACGCAAAUCACCAUGGCAAUGUCAAUGUGCAACAUAACGUGCUGAUGAGUAGCAUAUCAGUCACACCGAACAGCUCACGCACUUCCUCGCUGGAUCAUCAUGCGCAAUUGCAUGCACCGGUGGCAACAAGUACUGCACGCGUCAAUGGUGGACCCGUUGAAUGUUCCACACGCAAGCGAAACAGACGUUCAACCAAUGACAGUCAACUUUCGAGUCAUAGUCAAAGUUCACUUACUCUCCCACCACCAACAGCAACUGGGGUUGCCGCCAGCAAUAUGAGCAAUAGUAAUAAUAGCAGUAACAAUAGUCACUAUGAGUUGUCGGCGGCAACUGGCAACAGCGGCAUGCUAUUAGCGCCAGUACACGGCUCAAUGGCGCCUGGCGCUGCUGGCAGUACGGCCACACACCAAUAUGACGGCAAUAGCGCUAAUGCCAACGCCAGCAAUGCCAAUGUUGUGCAUAAUAGCAACAGCAAUCAUAAAAAUAACAAUGUGCCGCCCACCACAGGCAAUAAGGAGAACGCCAAACCAACAGAGUUUACAUUACGACGACCGCGUAACUUCUCGCUGCUGCAUACUUAUAAGCAAAACUGGAAGACGGCCAACAAUCAUUUUCAGCGCUACUCAGAUGUUAAACCACGCGAAGAACGCCGGCCCACCGUUAUUGAUUUGGCCAAUCAGACGAAUGUUAUGGGCAAACUGAAUGGCUGGAAAAUACACCAUUUGAGCUCGCAAAUGGAAGACUUGUGUGAGAACGAAUCGAAUGGCCUUGAUCAACUCAAUAAUAUGUUGAAACAAAUGGAAACACAUGAAAAAAAUCCCGAAACCGAGCGUAUCAACGAAUUACUGAAGGGCAACAUACAGCGCAGCAAAAUCAUUGUAGACGGCAUACAUGAAGCACAAAGUCAGAUGAUGAAAAUUUUCGAACACAAAUCGCACAUAUCGGACAUAUUGCAACGUUGCGCCUCCAAGCGCAAUUUUAAGAAGCGUGAAAAAUUUUAAAUGUUUGAAGCGGCAUUAGCAUUUGUAAAAACAAAAACUAAAGAACUUAAGGUUUUUUAAACAUAAAUUUUUAGAAAUCUUAGUUUAUAAUGCAAUACAAUAAUCAUUAAGUUAUAUAUAAAACAACUACUAUACGAUUUUUAUUAUUGUACAUACAUAUACAUAUAUACAAGUGCAUUAUUUAAUUAUUUUUUUAAUGAAAGAUUGCAAAGCAAGCGUUUGUACUAGGGAAGCGUAUUGUACAUAAAUAUGUAUGUAAGAUAUUCUGUCUGUGUGUUUAACAUUUUGCAACCAACUUUCGUAAAAGAAUAGAAAUUAUGCUAUUUUGUAUUAAUACCUAAAACUGUAUGUACUCAAAAACGUCAUGUUCUGUUAUACAAUCUUAGAAAUUGCACAUAAAAUCAUUUAAGUUACUAGGUUUUAAAUAAACAAACAUUGUAAAUUAGUCAAUAAGCUUAUCGCCUGUAAUUAAUUCAUAAUCCUUGUGGGCCUAUGAAAGCAAUCUGAAAAUAAAAACUUGCUGCUAAUUGUA